AUCUGCUUCUUUGAGACCAGAAGUUCGCCUGAAUCGAAUUUUGAUAUAGAAGAUCAGUUGAUACAUCUUCAUGACCGAUAUCGGAACCCCAACAGCCUUGGCGGCUUUUCCCUCGGCAUCGAGCUCCUCGUCGAGCAGCCACAUCAAGCUCGGAAGGGUAUACGGAAGCGACGAGACUCAAGCAGUAGCUGCUGUACAAGGUGGUGCAGUCUGGAUCUACGAUGUCACAAGCCAUCAGGCCAUAACGUCCUUCACGGUACCGCCAUCUACCGUUUUCCAAACCACUCCCAUCAGCUACCAUCCUGCCGUCUCAAGCACGGGAGAAGCUAGUUCGGUCGUCCGUAAAGGAAAGCAGAGGCAGAGAUAUACGGCGGUCGGAGUCGGCAAGGGAGAGAACAUUUCCCAUGCCGACGAAGGCAAGGUGGUCUGGAUCUGGAAGGGCGAAGAGGUGUUUGAGCAGUCGACCUUGAAGUUGGACCAUCGAGUGGACUUGCUCGUCCGGAUACCGGAGACACAUAGCAUGCUCGCUGCAUCGUCAACUGGUCUCACCGUCAUCUCCUCCCAGCUCAAGACUACCCCAAUCCCUAUUGUUCCUCCAAAAUCUUCUCACCUCCUACGUGUCUUUUUCCUCCCUCGGCUACCUCAGACCGAGAUCUUUGUCUAUGCACUGUUAUUCGAUGACGGAAGUGUAACCUUUACGGGUGUCAAGGGUGCGGAUGACGAGACGUGCACGGGCGAGGACGCAAGACGGGCGACCAAGACCUUACCUGCAAAGACUCUGGCCGAAGGGGAAAAGGUUAUUAACGCUUUCAUGGACGACAAGACGUUCGUCGUACAUCUUUUGACCUCGAAGGGCCGAAUGAUUCCGAACGCUAUCAGUCUAAAGGCUGACUCGAUGAUACGACCCGGCAAGACCUUCACUUUCAACGAAUCCGUAUCUUCAACGUCCCCUACCAUCGCUUCGCUACCAGACACGGCCGGACCCGUCUUUGCCUUUGCCACUUCCACCCCGUCGAUCGUCGUGUUUCAACCGACAUAUCCCGCCGUACUCGCCCACCGGGAAAUCAGCACCAAGAACUUGAGCGUCAAAGAGCUCGUACCGCUCGCGAACAAUCUGGUUGCCAUAAUCAGCACGACUACGAACGAAUCGGGUGCCGAGCGAUGGAUGAUCCACACAGUCGACAUGACCGUUCCGGUGGAUGGUGUCGGCAUCGCGCAAUUGCUCGAUUCUGCGACAUUAACUACCCGCUACCUGGAAAACACCUCGGCAGCGGCACCCAAGAUCCAGGACGCGACCGGUUCCCAUAAAGCUUUGCAAUCGACAACCAGCCGGGACCAGGCCUUCUUGACUUCUCUCCGAUCGCAGUUGUUCUCUGCGUCAAACGGGGACGCGGAGUCCGCGUUCAAGGUAUGGCGCACUUGGCACGAUACCGAGGAACACCCUUUCACCAGGAAACGAGCCGAUCCUAAGCGAAUGCGUAGUCGAGGUGUCCUGGCGGGCGAUAUCGUCAAGGCCGUUAUGGAGGGAGCUCUUCCCGCAAGCCGAGCGGAUCGGAAGGAAAAGCCCAAGGAGGGAGAAGAGGCAGGGUCGAGCGCAGACUCUGAACCGAAAUGGAUCACUACGGGCGCGAAAGGGCCGUACCUCGCCAACGUGAUCACGGUUUUGCUCGAGAACGGAUGGGCGAAUGACGGGAUGUGGGGGCAAGGUGGGCUCGUGCAAGAUGGACUGCUGGUGGUCGGCGAUUGGGAUAACAUCGUCCUCGGACUCGACAAGCUUCCUACGGUGCCAUCCAAGUCGCUCGUAGCGCUUCUCUCACACGUCGCACAGUACCACAUCUCGUCUACCUCUGUCGGUGCGACCGGCCUUACGACACCGCCGGCGCUAGAAGACUUCCUCAAACUGUACCUGGCCAUCCCCGUCUCGCCAGCCAUGCACAAGCAAGCCCUCAAGCGAGGCUUGAAUCAGGUCGAAGUGGUACAGACCGUCUUGAGGCUGAUGGUGGACUGGUUGGAAGAGGUCGGCAAGGACGUCAAGGGUAAAGGGGUCGUCGGAUGGGAGGCAGACGAUGUCAAGAGCCAGUCGAGCAGGUAUCCUAUCGAGGGGCUCGUACUACACACGCAACUGCUGCUCGAUGCCCAUCUACCUCUUCUCAUCUCGCAUCCUCCCGCUCACUCUCUCAUCGCACGACUCAAGACCGCACUGGAACCUUUGCUCACUCUGCAAACCGAGCUCGCUGCCGCUCGUGGUCUGGUCGAGGGCUUUGUGCGUCUAGCUGAGCAGAAACCGAAUGGAGGUGCCAAGGGCAAAAAGGGCGGCGCGGUCAAGGGCAAGCCGGCUAUGGGUGCGGGUGCUACGGGCAAGAAGAUGUUUGGGGAAUGGAUGGAUCCGCUGUACAGCGUGGAUGAAGUCGUAUUGUGAAUCGGAUCAUCACUUUGUAGGCACGACGCACAUGAUCUGAUGUCAUUUUGUUAGCGCGGGAUGAA